AUGUCAACUUCGACGAGUCCACAUUUUGGACUUCAACUGCCGAUCACUGAUGAAGAUGUCGAUGACCUGGACUUCGAAUUGCUGGAUCUUGAUGACGAAGAGCUGCGUCAAAUGGAGUACAAGCAAACAGGCAAGCGCAAGAACCGACUCAAUGAUGAAGAUACAGCAGCUCCACGACCGCGUGCAGUGCGUCAACGACCAGGACUAGAAGAGUCAAGCGCGCCGGAAAACAACUCGUCACGCCAAGAAGAAGACGAAGAAACGAAGGAUUCUAGUGAUUAA